ACAGCACCCAAGACUUUGUGCACAAUAAACCAAAACAAGUUAUAUCUCCCCCCAUGAAUUUCACCAUGUCAAAUGAAGCCGUUGACCCCUACCAGUACCUACAGUUCCUCCGCAACCCCGACGGCACCUUAACGCGUUUAAACGACGCCGUUCCGCGCACCGAACCCUCUUCGGACCCCACUCUUCCCAUUCCAGUUCUGACGAAAGACCUAACCCUAAACCAAAGAAACAACACCUGGCUUCGCUUAUUCCUACCCCGAGUUGCAUUAUCCUCUUCCAAGAAGCUUCCUCUGAUUGUUUUCUUUCACGGUAGCGGCUUCGUGCUGCUGAGUGCGGCCACGUCCAUGUUCCAUGAUUUCUGCGUCGAACUGGCCAACACCGCAGAGGCCGUUGUGGCCUCCGUCGACUACCGCCUCGCGCCGGAGCACCGUCUCCCGGCGGCGUACGAGGACGGCGUGGAGGCGCUGCGGUGGAUCGGAAGGAGCGACGAAGAGUGGUUGACGCGAUAUGUGGACUAUUCAAAGUGUUAUCUUAUGGGGAGUAGCGCUGGGGCCACCAUCGCUUAUCAUGCAGGUCUACGUGCAAUUGAGGAGGUGAGUGAUCUUGAGCCACUAAAGAUCCAAGGAUUGAUAUUGCGUCAACCAUAUUUUGGUGGGAUGCAGAGGACUGAAUCAGAGGUAAUGCUUGAGAAUAACCCAGUUAUUCCAUUGUGUGUUUCUGAUUUGAUGUGGGAGUUGGCACUGCCAAUUGGUGCUGAUCGUGACCAUGAAUAUUGCAAUCUAAGGUCAGGGAAUGGGGUUGAGAAAUUUGAUAAAAUGAAGGAGCUUGGGUGGAGGGUAUUGGUGAGUGGAAAUGGUGGAGAUCCACUCGUGGAUCGUGAGAAAGAGAUAGCACUGUUGAUGGAGGAAAAAGGGGUGCAAGUAGUGAAGGACUUUGAAGAAGAAGGGUUCCAUGGGGUAGAAAUUUUUGAGCCAUCCAAAGUAAAACAACUCAUUGCAUUAGUGAAAGAUUUCGUUUACAUAAUUGGUGCUUAGGUGGAAAUUACUAAUAUGGUUCAAGACUAUAUUGUUUGAAUCAAUAUCUAUCGGGGUAUGAUUUUGUUCUUAUCAAAAUGCAAGGCAUUUUUCCUUCAAUUGGAUUGAGUAUAUCGAACUACUUUUAGUCUCCAAUCUUUUGACAUCCUUUAGCAAGCUAAGUACUGAGUGAGUGAUAAGAGUUAAAGAUUAAGAUCAAUGUUCACAUUAAUGGAAUAGGUAGUUAUUAUUACAAGUUAAU